AUACAGUCCAAGAAGAAGAACUACCAUACAUGAGAUAUUUAUAACAGUAUAUAACAAUACACGUCUCCAAUAAGAACUAUGCAAGUGACUCUGAUAUUUUGCAGUGCUCUUUUUUCUUUCGCAAUCAGUUCCUUUUUACCAGUAUGUAAACAAGGUGAAAACUGCCACCUGCCGGACUGUUUCUGUAGCACCUUCCAUCACCCGCUCGACCCUAAGGAGAUCCCCCAGAUAGUAUACUUUGCAUUCGAUGAUGGUGUUAAAACAGAAUCGGAAGCUUACUACAACAGGUUGUUCGGAGAAGAACGUAACAAUCCCAAUGACUGCCCGAUCAGCAUGACUCUGUACGUUUCCGGAGACGACACUGAUUAUCCCAUGUUGAGUAAGUUUUCCGACAGAGGGUUUGAAAUUGUCGUCCAUAGUAUGAGUCAUGGUGUCAUUGACACUGGCGAAAGGGUCCGAGCAGAAGCCAGUGGACAGAGGGACAACAUAAUCAACUUUUCGAAUGUGACGGCGGACAAGAUCCAUGGAUGGCGCAGUCCCUAUCUGAAGACAGCGGGGGACGAGCAGAUAGACGUUUUACAAAACCUCAGCUUUGCUUACGACGUGUCUUUUGCUUAUACCAGAAAGAAGAUGGAAGAUUUAAAUCCAUGGCCGUUUACGCUGGAUUAUGGAUGGACGUUACCUUGUGACAUACAACCAUGUCCAACAGACAAACAUCCGGGGUUUUGGGUUGUACCUGUCAACGCUAUGAGGGAUUACGGAGACUGGGGCUCUUGUGGAUUCCUCGAUUCGUGUGCAAACAAACCUCUAACUAAGAAUCAAACUUACAAUUACAUUAUGGACAACUUCCGUAGUCAUUACCAUGGUAACAGGGCUCCAUUUGGAAUCCACAUGCACGCGAAAUGGUUCACAAAAGCAGAACAUAUAGAUGCGAUGGACCAGGCCAUACAUGACCUGCUGGAGUAUGACGAUGUGUAUAUCGUUAGUAUCAAUCAGACCGUGGAGUGGAUGAAAAGGCCAACAGAACUGCAGUUUAUCAAUCGUUUUAAACCUUGGAGAUGUACUUCACAAUCUGACAGUAUCAUUACAUUCCGUGCCAUAUUGAUAUUUGUACUGGCGGUUGCUGGUACUGGUAUUUACGUCAAAGUGAUGUCUACAAUAUUCGGUUAGAUCGUUACUGGUAUUUACGUUAAAGUGAUGUCUGCAAUGUUUGGUUAGAUCGUUACUGGUAUUUACGUUAAAAUGAUGUGUACAAUAUUCGGUUAGAUCGUUACUGGUAUUUACGUUAAAGUGUUGUCUACAAUAUUCGGUUAGAUCGUUACUAUUAUUUACGUUAAAGUGAUGUCGUCUAUACGUUUAAACUGCAGUUUGCAAUACGAUAUUCUGUUUGGUUUGCGAAUAGUAAUGUAGAUUUAUGUCACAAUGUCCAAAUAAAACAUUUUAAUUCUGUUA